UAAUGGCUCAUAAACUAUCAUAAAAUUGGGUAUUUUGGUAUGCUCCAAGAGGUAGAAAAGCUAUUGCAGGUUCAGAUCAUUAUGAUGUAAAUUUGAAAGAAAUUGGUGAAUUUAAUACAGUUGAAGAAUUUUUUACAUAUUAUUGUUUUUUAGGCAGACCUAGUGAAGUAAAUAUUUAAAGAAACUUAUAGAUUGAUAUUGAUAAUAAAAUAAUGUUAUUUAGAAAAGGUCAUAGACCAAUGUGGGAAGAAUGUUUAGAAGGAGGUACAUGGAUUAUUCAUUUUAAGAAAAGAGAAAAUGAAUUAUUAAAUAAGAAAUGGGAAGCAUUAGUAUUUGGUAUCAAUUGUUAAGUCAUUUUAAGCAUGUAUAGGAGAAGAAUUUGAUGAUGAUAAUGUAAUUGGUGUAGUAUUGUCUAUUAGAGAAAGAAGAAAUUUAUUAGAAAUAUGGUUGAAAGACAGAAGAGAAAGUGAAAAAUUAAGAAUUGGAGAAAAAUUAAGAGUAGCUUUGGAAAUGGAUCCAAAUAAUCUUACAUUCUUUUUCAAAGAACAUAAUAAAAGCUUGAAUGUAUAAUUCGAACUAUGAAUUAGGAUAAAUCAACUAUGAAAGGAGCUGAAUCAUAUACAUUUGUAAAAACACCACUUGAAACUCCAUAGACUGAACCAAAAGUACAUCAUCCAGAUCUUGAUCAAUUUAAAUUAUGAUU